GCGUUCCCCUGGUAACGGAGCAGCAGCAGCAGCAGCAGCAGAGAACGGACUGGGCAGAAGACGGGGGUCUAUACAGUUCUGCAGGAUGUCGGGCUUGUACGGCAGCACCUCAUCGCUUACGAGCAAACGGCGUCCAUCCGACGAGCGAUCAGAGAAGCCCCAGCCCAAUGACGAGGAGUCUUUUUACGCCUCGUGCAGAGCCGCUUACCUGACCGUCUUCAAGAGCAGCCUGGACAGCAUCACAGAGCGGCAGCAGCUGUGUCUCGUUCUCCAGCGGGCCGGGCGGAACCCGUCUAACAGAUCCCUCAGCAGAUACUGGACCGCAAAGACCAAGGAACUGAACUUUGAUGAUUUUUGUGCCAUUGUGAAAAGAGAGAAACCCGCAGCAAGAGCCGACCUCCUGAAAGCAUUCCGAAAACUAGACCCUGCUAACAAGGGAUACCUCCUACAUGAUGAGUUCACCAAGAUCUUCACCACAAAAGGAGAGAAGAUGUCUCCGGAGGAGGUGAGCGCCGUGCUGCGCCUGUCUGACGUGAACAACGGUGGCAGGUUGGAUUAUAAUAAGUUCUGUACCACAUUCAUCAGCACCUGUGACCAAUGUGCCAAGACAGCGGUUGAGAAGAUGGAAUCUAACAACCGGGCCAAGCGUCAGCAGUUUGGGAACCAAAUUGAAACCUCUCCGGAACGUUCUGUGUCUCCUCGGAACUAUAGGUUUAAUGAUGGCGACACAACUCCGCGGAAAGUUUAUAUUAUUGCAGUGGAAAGUAAAUCCCCGCGGCCGUCUUCAGCUCGAAACUACAAAGGGACAGCGACGACGGUGAUUAAUAUGGCGCCUCUCAAGAAUCCCAGACACAUGGAACCCAGUGAUCUGCAGGACUGGCCCUGCACUCGGUCCAAGGGAUGCUUUUUCCUGGAAGAGAACGGUAUAACGAGCCAUCACUACAAGCUGCAGCUGACCCUGAAAUCUACGGUGUAUCUGACAAUCAAGCCACUGAACCUGAGCAGAGCUGAAGGGAAACCUUCCCCCUGGAUGUCAAUGGACACAGCUCUGUACGUCCUGAAGGAAAGCGACGGACGAGGAGAACCGCAGCUCGUCGCCUUUACAGAACUACGCAACAAAGAGUCAUACGUCUGGAAGGGCGAACUGGGAGCCGGCUCCUACACACUCAUCCCGUUCACUACAGGCUGCCGACUGAGAAAGAACAAGAAGCAAGUCACCAAAGAGGCCCGGCUGGUGUACAGAGACGUCAGCGAGGAUUUACAGCUGACAGCCGAGUUUAGAUCCGCUCUGUCAGACGUGUUUGACAUCAUUGAUUUAGACGGCAACGGGUUCCUGAGCCUGGAGGAAUAUAAUUUCUUUGAGUUGCGGAACAGCGGUGAGAAGUGCGAUGACGACGCCUGGGAGGUUUGUAAAGACAACUUUGAAACCAAGAAUAAUGAAUUAACAAGAAAGGGCUUUAUGGAUCUGAAUCUAAUGGAGGCCAAUGACCGCGAAGGAGACCCCAGUGACCUGUGGGUGACGUUGCAGUCCAUGGGCUAUAACAAAGCCCUGGAAAUGACAGAGGCCUGUCCUUUUAUAAUGGAUGUUUAUGCGGAGAAGAGUAAACCUAAGAUGAAAGCUGUGAGCCUGGAGUCCAGCAGUCGUCUUCUGCAGAAGGUGCUGUGCCGAUCAGUGAUUCUUAAGGGGGAGGCAAAUCCGAUGGAUGGAUGUGCACACGUCAUCAUCUACACCUAUAAGAAUGACGCCCGCAUCACUUCUGUUAUAGAGAAUAAGUCUGAUAAGAAGAUUGUGCUGCAGGUCAAUAACGAUCAGAACAAGAACUGUAUCAGCAGCCGAGGAAUGAGCGUGUUUGCUGUAGAAGUGCCAGGAAAAUCAACCACGGUGUCGCAGCAUGUCAUGGCCGUCAACGAGAAGCAGGAGUGGGUAUAUCACUGCGUGCAGAACGUCCUCUCGUGAAGAGCACCGACAGAUGGGUGCCGCCGACGCGGAGAAGAAAUGAUAUUAAUGUUUUUAUUUUCGUUGAUUUGAAUUAAUAAGAAAGUGCCAAAUUUUCCUAAUUAGGUGUUAAUAAAUAUUUAUUUUGUCAAAAA